AUGGAGGAGUAUGAGGUUGAUGCUGUAGCUGCAGCCUCUGAUUCUGAUGAUGUUGCUGCUGCUGCUGCUGAUGAUGAUGAUGAUGAUGAUGUUGCUCAUUUUGGCGGAUCUGAUGAAGUUCCUAUCACAUAUGCUGAUGUUUGUAAUGGUGUCCAUGUAAAGAAUGUGUUGCUGAAUGAGCUGCUGAAUGAGCUGCUGCUGAAUGAGCUGCUGAAUGAGCUGCUGCUGAAUGAGCUGCUGAAUGAGCUGCUGAAUGAGCUGCUGAAUGUGUUGCUGAAUGAGCUGCUGAAUGUGUUGCUGAAUGAGCUGCUGAAUGAGCUGCUGAAUGAGCUGCUGAAUGUGUUGCUGAAUGAGCUGCUGAAUGAGCUGCUGAAUGAGCUGCUGCUGAAUGAGCUGCUGAAUGAGCUGCUGAAUGAGCUGCUGCUGAAUGAGCUGCUGAAUGAGCUGCUGUAUGAGCUGCUGCUGAAUGAGCUGCUGAAUGAGCUGCUGCUGAAUGAGCUGCUGAAUGAGCUGCUGCUGAAUGAGCUGCUGAAUGUGCUGCUGAAUGAGCUGCAGAAUGAGCUGCUGAAUGUGUUGCUGAAUGAGCUGCUGAAUGAGCUGCUGCUGAAUGAGCUGCUGAAUGAGCUGCUGAAUGUGCUGCUGAAUGAGCUGCAGAAUGAGCUGCUGAAUGAGCUGCUGAAUGAGCUGCUGAAUGAGCUGCUGUGUGGACGGAGAGUGAGGGGAAGCUUCAUAUGGAUGUUUGGCAAUCUUGCAAAUAACUUCAAGUUGUCUGCUGUGUUUAGUCAUGAGAUUAGAUAA